AUGUUGAGCAAGUUGGCAUUGUCCGCUUUGAUUGCGGCGUUCGCAGCCGUAGAUGCACGCGAGAUCAGCUUCCCGUCCAUCUCCGGAUUUUCCUCGGACCAAGCGGUGAUGGACAUCAUCACACCAGACAUCACUCAAGCCAAGUUUGAAGGGUUGACGACAUAUGCGAAUCUACCAUAUGUGCAUUGUUUGGCCCCAGAAGGUGAAGGAAUUGAGAAGUUUGACAUUGCGAUUCUGGGAGCUCCUUUCGACACUGGAGUGACAGCACGACCCGGUGCACGGUUCGGGCCGAGUGGUAUUCGGCGUGGCUCACAACGGAUCAAAGCCGGUGCGGGUUGGAGCAUAUACACAGGACAGAAUAUAUUCGUCGACUGGGCGAAGAUUGUAGACUGUGGAGAUGCACCGUUGACUUUCCUGGACAACACUAUCGCCUUGAAGCAGCUCGAUAAAGCGCACAAAGUGACUUCGGCAAGAAAGACCAAUUCAAGCGCCUUCACUGUUCCACGCAUCGUAACACUUGGUGGAGACCACACCACCACACUGUCAGCUCUACGAUCCACCAAAGACCAUUGGGGUCCAGUCAGUGUAAUUCAUUUCGAUUCCCACAUAGAUACUUGGGAUCCAAAAGUCUUAGGUGGAGGCAUCUCACACUAUGCAGGCGUCAAUCAUGGGACGUUCUUGCAUAUUGCCCAUGAAGAAGGUCUGAUCCGUAAUACAUCCAUCCACGCUGGCAUCCGAGCACCAGUUACUCGUUCGAAGGGCGAUGUGCGUAACGAUGUCAGGUGCGGCUUCGAGAUCGUGCGAGCACGGGACAUUGAUCGACUGGGCGUGUCUGGUGUCAUUAAGGCCCUAAAGAAGCGAGUCGCCGGAACAAAGGUCUACAUCAGCGUAGAUAUAGACGUUUUGGACCCGGCCUUUGCACCAGCUACUGGUACAGCUGAGGUUGGAGGCUGGACUACUCGCGAGCUUCUGUCCAUUCUUGACGGUCUCGAAGGACUGGAGGUUGUAGGAGCUGAUGUUGUCGAAGUUGCACCGAUCUACGAUAAUCCGGGUGAGACGACGGUACUGGCUGCUGUAGAAGUCGCUCUGUCGCUGCUCACGUUGAUGGUGAACAAGCCUGUGCAUGCUGAUGAGUAG